UCUAAAAACUCAGAACAAAAAACAGCCAUUGUUUUUUUUUCCUUUUUACUUUUGUGCUACCCAACUUUGAGGAACAGCCAAACAUAGAUUAUAUGAUCUUAUUGUCUGCACGUACGGACCAGACAUAAUCAUGAAGAAAGCUAGAAAUGUCGAUUCUUUGAUACUUAAUGCGAUCAGAUGCCAGAAAGAUGAUGAUAUUAUUAGUAAUAUCAGAAGAGACAAGUGUUGCUGUAGUAAUAACAAUUUAAAGAACAAGAAUAAUAGACGAAGCUUCUAUGAGCUUUCUUUGUCUUUCAUGCUCUUACUUUGGUGUCUUGUUCUUUUGUUCUAUACUCGGCUUGGCCUCAGCCAUGAAAAUGAAGGAAAUGUGACUCUUCAGAACACAAGUAUACCUUAUCCUGGUGAUGGGUUCAAGAAUAACAAGAUUUCUAAUGAUACAUACUCAUACAUUUCAAACAGAAUGUAUAAUAAUAACACAAAUGGAGUGUUAUUAGAGCUUAAUCUGACAUCCAACUGUAACAAAUCCACAGUUCAUAUUAGCUUUGCAAAUAACAAGUACUCUAUUUCAGAGACAGACAGGGUAGAAGAAGUAAUCUGGAGCUUUUUAGGCUACAGAACUUUAUUCUGUAAAUCCGAGAAACCUGAAAACUGGAAAAUAGCAGAUAGAACAGAUUUAAAAGCACUACCUGCAGAAGGGAGACAACAUCAUUCUACUUAUCUAAAUCUCGACGAGUUCCGAAACAUAACGAGACAAGAUCGGAAAGGCGAAGAGGUUUCUAAUGAGCUUGUUAACAUUACUCACCGAUUCGAACCUGACGGAAAAGAGUAUAACUAUGCUUCUGCAAUGAAAGGUGCAAAAGUUGUUGCAGCAAAUAAGGAAGCAAAAGGUGCUGAUAAUAUACUUGGAAAGGAUAAGGAUAAGUACUUGAGGAAUCCUUGUUCUGUUGGAGGCAAAUUUGUUGUGAUUGAGCUUUCUGAGGAAACAUUAGUUGAUGUUGUCAAGAUUGCUAAUUUUGAGCAUUAUUCUUCUAAUUUUAAGGGUUUUAACCUGUCAGGAAGUUUGAAUUACCCAACUGAAAGAUGGACUCAGUUGGGUAACUUCAAUGCUGCUAAUGUGAAGCAAAGCCAAAGGUUUAAGUUGCCUGAACCCAAAUGGGUCAGGUAUCUGAAGCUGGAUCUACUUAGUCAUUAUGGUUCUGAAUUUUACUGCACAUUGAGUGCUGUUGAGGUGUAUGGUGUAGAUGCAAUCGAGCGAAUGCUCGAAGAUCUCUUAGUUUCCAAGCCUAAUACAACUGCAGCACCAUUAGAAUCGAAUCCUGUCAAUGAGAAAAGAAAUGGCCAAGUUAGAAAUAUGACUGACAAUAAUCCUGCUGUUACUGCAACAGAAAAUAUCAAUAAUGCUCAGAUAUCCGCAACUACAGCGAAAAAUCCUGUGGCUGCUGCUACGAGCAAGAUUUUGGAUUCUGCAGCUGAAGUUAGACAGCAACCAGUUAGCAGAAUAGCUGGUGAUUCUGUUCUGAAAAUCUUGCUGCAGAAAGUGAGGUCACUUGAGCUGAAUUUAUCUGUAUUAGAGGAGUAUAUCAAAGAAAUGAACAGAAGACAAGGAGUUAUUCUGCCUGAUCUAGAGAAGGAACUAUUAAGAAUAUCAAUCCUUAUGGAAAGUAGCAAAACAGAACUUGAUUCUGUCAUAGAAUGGAAAGAAAAUUUGGAUAAAGGACUCGAGAACCUUGAGUCAUGGAAAAAUGAAGUCUCGUCGCGAAUGGAUACAUUAGUCAGAGAAAACAUCAUGCUAAGAUUAGAUGUUGAAAAAGUAGGAAAUGAUCAGGCAAAUCUAGAAAGCAAGGAGUUAGCAGUUAUAGCAGUUAGUCUAUUUUUCAUGUGUUUUGCAACAAUGAAGUUAGUUUCAUCAAGUGUUUUUAGUUUCUUAGGAACUUCAGAUUCUCAAUCAGAUAAAGAUUGCAGAACAGGUAGAGGUUGGGUUAUGAUACUUGUAAGCAGCACUAUGACCAUCUUCAUCACCCUCCUCUCUAGUUAGUAUCUCAUUUUAUGUCAAAAUAAUAGAUUUUGAGCUUGUAAAUAACUCUAAUGUCUAUAAUAGAGAUUAAUGUUGGAA